AUGGCCUCGUUGUUUUCAAGAAGGUUACCGCGUGCCAUUGGUUCAUGUAAUAAACCCUCUGCACCAUUUUCUCUAUCCAAAGAUAGGGCAUUUUCUCAAUUUCCUUUGUCUGGAAAGUCGCAUUGUUUGAUGGGACUCCGUGGUUGUGCUUAUGGUGAUAACUCCAGUUCGGUGUGUUCUCCAGUAUUAGAAAAGGCAACAUUUAGUUUUUACCAAAGGUACUCCUCUUCUGUAUUGACCCCCAUUUCAAGUGAAGGCACAUUUCCGUCACACUUGUUGUCGUCCAAGCAUGUGCUGGCUCCUGACAGGGAAAUGGGUCUCUAUCAGGACGUGGUGAUUCCUGUUACAAAUUUUCACAAUGAAAAUAAAGGCUUCAUGGUAUUGGCUGGUGACGUUUUUGGUGUGCCAAUCAGGAAAGAUAUUAUCCAUCGUGUCGUGAGAUGGCAGCUUGCUAAACGUCAGCAGGGUACACACUCGACCAAAACUAUAAGCGAGGUUAGUGGGACUGGAAGAAAGCCUUGGCGGCAGAAGGGUACAGGACGAGCAAGGCAUGGGACAUUGCGUGGCCCACAGUUUAGGGGUGGUGCUACUAUGCACGGCCCAAAGCCACGUAGUCAUGCUAUCAAGCUAAACAAAAAGGUCCGGAGGCUGGGGCUCAAGAUUGCACUUUCUGCUCGUGUUGCAGAAGGGAAGCUUGUAGUCUUUGAGGAUUUGGAGGUUUCUUCACACAAGACAAAGAACGUAGUUAACUAUGUUCACCAAAUGGAAAACGCAAAGAAACUCCUGGUCGUAGAUGGUGGACCAAUUGAUGAAAAGUUGAAAUUGGCUACCCAGAAUUUGCAUUAUGUCAACGUGCUCCCUUCAAUUGGACUAAAUGUUUACAGCAUCCUGCUGCACGACACACUAGUAAUGUCUCGUGAUGCAGUGAAUAGAAUAGUUGAAAGAAUGCACACCCCAAUCAAGCGCUAA